CGCCCCGGCAUGGCCCGGCUUUCCGUCAAGGAGCACCUGGACGGGAUCCUCUCCGACUUCGAAGCGCUCAAGAAGUCGUUUGAGGCGGAGGAUGGGGACGAGGUGCCCGGCUCCCCACCGGUGUCCCCACUGCCCGCAGGCACCGGCGAGAGCCGCCGGCCGCUGCAGCCCGGCCACCCGCCCCGCUCGGGCACUGCCGCUGGCCCCAGCCCAGCUCCCAGCCCCGUGCUGCGCAGCCGGCUCAGCACCAGCCUCUCCGCCAGCCGAACCAACAGCAGCGCCAGCACCGGCAUCGCCCACGUCACCUCCUUCCAGACCCGCCAGGGCUUCGCUGCGGGGCCGGGCAGUGAUGGCGAGAGCCUCCGCAGCUCGUCCUCCAGCCUGGAAAGCCCCGCGCCCACCGGGCCCCCUCAGCCACCGGGCACCCCCCCGGCCACCGGCCCCAGCCUGAAGAAGGUCCCGUCCCACGGCAGCGUCUUCCCAGUGGAGCUGGAGCAUCCCCUCCGCGGGGCCACUGCCAGCCACGGCUCGCUGCCGGCGCUGGACCUGCACAUCGCUGAGGAGCCAGGGAUGGGGGCCCCCCCACCAGAACCCCCGCCGUGGGGCACCCAGAGCCCUGCGACCCAGCCUCGUGCCCGCCAGCCUUCCUCCUCCUCCUCCUCGAAUGCGGCCCCCCGCACGCUGCCCCAGCCACAGCUGAGGGUCAGCCUCGACGCCAGCCCCGGCCUGGCCCGCCGGCCCCCGCCGCUCCCCGGGGCCAGGGGGAGGGCUGAGGGGCUGCUGCCGCCGGCAGCCCCCCAAGCCGCCCCCUUCAAGCUGGUGUCCCAGCCGCAGACGGUGCAAGUGAGCUCCCAGCCCGCCUUCCUCGGGGGGCUGGUGCUGGUGCCGGCCUUGGGGACCCCGGCAGCGCCUGGUGGAGCCGGGGCGAACCCCCCCAGCGCCGGGCUGGCGGGGCUGCGGGGACCCUGCGCAGUGGCAGCGGCUCCUGGCGAGGCUGCAGACAGCGGCUGGGCUGCGGUGACGCCGGAGUACGGGAGCAGCCUGGAGCCCGAGGAGCGCAGCAUGGAGCCGCCGGCCGUGCCGGAGGAGGAGAUGCCCCUCACCGCGGCGUCAGGCCCGGCGGGUUGCCAGCUCUUCGGUUACGUGGGAAUCGAAGCCGUGCUCGACCAGAUGAAAAUCAAAACCAUGAAGACGGGCUUUGAGUUUAACAUCAUGGUUGUGGGGCAGAGCGGGCUGGGGAAGUCGACGAUGGUGAACACCCUCUUCAAGUCCAAGGUGAGCCGCAAAGCCUCGCAGCCCGGGCAGGAGGAAUGCAUCCCCAAGACGGUGCAGCUGCAGUCCAUCACCCAUGUCAUCGAGGAGAAGGGUGUGAAGAUGAAGCUGACGGUGACGGACACGCCGGGGUUCGGGGACCAGAUCAACAAUGAGAACUGCUGGGACCCCAUCAUCAAAUACAUCAACGAGCAGUACGAGAGGUACCUACGCGAGGAGAUCCUCAUCACCCGCAAGAAGAAGAUCCCGGACACCCGGGUCCAUGGAUGCGUCUACUUCAUCCCCCCUACGGGUCACUGGCUGCGCCCACUGGACCUGGAGUUCAUGCGGCGGCUCAGUAAGAUCGUCAACGUGGUGCCGGUGAUUGCCAAAGCCGACACGCUCACCCUGGAGGAACGGGCAGAGUUCAAGCAACGGAUCCAGGAGGACCUGAAGACCCACGCCAUCAGCGUGUACCCGCAGGAGGACUUCGACCAGGACCCAGAUGACAGGGUGCUGAACGACAGGAUUCGGGAGAAGAUCCCCUUCGCCGUGGUGGGGGCGGACCAGGAGCACCAGGUGAACGGCAAGCGGGUGCUGGGCCGCAAGACCAAGUGGGGCAUCAUUGAAGUGGAGAACCCGGCGCACUGCGAGUUCCCCCUCCUGCGGGACCUGCUAAUCCGGUCCCACCUGCAGGACCUGAAGGACAUCACCCACAACGUCCAUUACGAGAGCUACCGCGUGCGGCGGCUGAACGAGAGCAACCGGCCGGUGCUGAGCCCCCUCAACGGGCUGCCCGGCAAGGGUGAGGGUGGCAACGAUCUCUGAGCCACCAUGUCGUCCCUCCCCGGAGCCGCCGCUGGACCCCCAUGGCAGUGCCCAUCCCCUGCCCACCAGUGGCUGUGCCCGGACCCUGCCUGGGGUGAGGAGCCCACACCGGUUUGGGGUGAGGAGCCCCUCGAGAGUGCCAGGCUGCCCUGGGUUGGGUCCCUUGGUCCCUCAUCCCCAAACUCCGCCAUGGGCACAGACCCCCUGGACCCUGCGCGACAUUAAAGGUCAACCCGGAGCCUUCAGCCUUCGCCAUCAUCAUCCUCCUGCUGGACUUCCCCCUUCUAACGUGCCGCCACC